UUCUCUUAAAACCCCAACAAAAUCGAUUUUUCGUUUUCUCUCCAAAACCCUGCCCACUACAACCACAACCACCGCCGUCAAACCUCGCCGCCAUGUCCGACGUCAACCUCAACAACUCCGACAAGAAGAAAAGGAGUUCCAAGUCAAAACUCACCGAGGAAAACCCUUUCGAUCAACUUCUUAAAGAUCAGGGUGUAAUGAGACCAAGCUGGAAAAAUAAAGGGUCGGAAGCGAAAGCACUUGCAAAGCCAAUUUCAAAGUCAAUUUUGGAUCUAAAAUCAGCUUUUAUCAAAUCGAAUUCGAAAGGAAUACUCGUAGGACGCACCGUUCUUCUUGACUGUAAUAUCGAACAAGCCAAUCUUCUGACUCAAACCUUCUUUGGUCGAUUCGGAAGGAAAGAGGGUAACGAUAUAUGGUGGUUUGAGUUUACUUUAGAAGAAGCCUUUUAUCUCUGUUUUUCGUUAAAGUGUAUAAAGAUAGUUGGGGGUGAUGGUAGUGUAAAAACCGAUAAUGAGUUAUGGGAAUACAUGAUUUGCCAAGACGUAGCUUUCCCGGAUGUUUUUAAGGCGUAUGCUCAUCUACGAGACAAGAAUUGGGUUGUGACUCGUGGGGGUCAAUACGGAGCUGAUUUCGUUGCGUACCGUCACCAUCCCUCACUUGUUCACUCUGAAUGUGCUGUAUUAGUCUUGUCAGAAAAGAAGGCUGAUCGGUUGAGGGUUUGGUCGGAUUAUGAAUGCAUGCUACGAGAAUGUGAUGGAGUGGUGAAAACGUUGCUGGUUCUUUAUGUUAACAGAAACGAUGAAAAGAUGAUUGCUUCUUCACCUUCUUGCUUGGAGGGAUAUGGCGUGGAUGAACGCACGGUUACAAGAUGGUGGAGUGCAGAACGUCGUAGGGAGGAUCAAGCAGCCAUGUAGACUUGAUAUCAUAGCUCGGUAAGAAGAAGCAGCUUGGUGUAAAGGAAAGAUCGUUAAGUAGUUUGUUGAGCCAAAUAGACAGUUAGAUCAUGCAGUUAGUCAAGAAUGGCUUGUGGUUGGUUACAUAAUUGGAAAGAAAUGCAGUCACAAUUGUAGAGGCAAACUGCAGGUGUAUGUAUAUAUAUGUAUAUGUAUUUGUUUAAUGAUUGGUGUUUAUAUAUGUGAUCUCUUAGUGCGACUCUAUUUUGUUUGAUCCUGAAUAUGAUCAUGACUUCAAAGUUAUA